AUGUAUUAUAUAAAUGUCAAAGCAGUAUAUACAAUUCUUUUAAUAGUAUUCUGUAACUUUAUACAGUUAAAUGGACAACUAUUUCAAGAUUUUGUGGUACACGAAUGCAAAACUGCUGUAAAUAAAGGUAAUGAUUCAAUAAAGAAAUGUUGCCCCCAUAUAUUAUCAAUAGCAAUUUCUAAGGAAAUUUGUUUACUUGCCCCAAAAUUAUAUAAUAAAGAUAUACAUGAUGUUGAAAUAUUAGAAAGACAAUAUAAAGAAUGUGACUUAAUUUAUGCUAUAGCCAAAAAUGAAACAUGGAUUGAUGAUAAUUUAAUUUAUAAUUGUGUUAAAUUUAGUCUCAAUUCAAUAGAUAAAGGAGAAGAUAUUAAAGAAAAACUUAAUAAUACAGAAAUACACAAAGAUGAUAGAAAUUUACAAUUAUCGGGAUUUCUAAACAAUUUUGGUAUUCCAACAUUUGCAGCUGGAUUAUCUACAUCAUCAUCACUACUAUCAGAAGGAGAUUUUUUUGCUCAACACUUUUCUUCAUGUAGCACACUAUUAUCAUUGUAUUUUGUACGAACAUGUAGUGCAAUUUGUGAAGGAAGAGCAGGUAUUGGUACUGGUAGAGUAACUGUUCCACAAUUAUGUCUACCAUACUGUCAAAAUUUUGCUAAACAUGCCUGUAUUAGGGGAUGUAAACAUUUUGGAUGUCCAUUAUCAUACAAUAGAUGUAUGGAUCACAUGUGUUAA